AGUCUCACGUGGCUGUCACUGCACUUUAUAAUAAUGGAAUAUUGGAAUUAUUUGUGAAAUAAUCCUAAAAAUAAUGCAUGAGCGUUACUUUUUUUAUACUAAUUUAUAUAUAAAAAAAUAUGUUUGCACAACUUAGUUAAUGGUUUCAUUUAGCUAAUUCAUUGAGAAUUGAGGAUAUGCAAUUACAAUGUUUUUUACAUCUCGAAUAUUGACUAGCCAGAGAUCUUUCAUUCGUGUUUCGUUGAGGCUUAUCAAUAACUCUUCACCUAUUACGAAGGGUAAACAUGGGAUUGAUCAAAUUGACUAUAUCAAAUCUGCUAUAUCAAAUCAAAGUGAAAUAGAAUGGUCAACUGUAAGGGAUAAUACUUUACAAAUGCCUGGUACAGUGAAUGAGAAAAAUCUUGAUGCAGUUUUAUUGAAGCUGAUGGUAAAUACAAAGAAGUUUGAUGCAGCUCUGUCUUAUGCUGAAUACUGUAAAAAAACAUAUAAUCAACUCACUUUAGGUUGUACAAAUGGAUUGCUAUUCCUAUUUUAUGAAAUGAGUAAGAUUAAUAAAUUAACAUCUGAACAGAAGACAUUUAUACUAGAAAGUUAUAAUAGUUUAUAUGAGAAAUAUAAAAUAUUAGAUACUACUACUUGUGAACGUUUGCUUCACGCUCUUUGUGCAAUAAAUGAAUGGAAGAAAGCACUAAAAGUUUUGGAAGAUAUAAACUUCAGUGGUAAACCUUCACAUUCUGCCUACAGUACAUUAAUAUCUGCACUCUUUGACAACAAUAAAAAGGGUGAAGCCAUAAAACUUAUUAAUAGAAGUGUCAGUGAUAAUAGAGCACUACAAACUAAUGCAUAUGUAGCUUGGAUUAAUUAUAUUCAGAAGAAAUAUAAGGAGAGAAAAACUAAGUUGAAAUAUUUAGAAGACAUUUGUUUGCAUAUUUUUAAUAAUUCAGUAACAAUAAAUGAAGAAACAGCAAAAAGUAUUCAAGAUGUGUAUACUUCACUAGGCUGGAAUGCUAAUGUUGCUAAAAUAAAAAAAAAUGAUGGAGAAUGUUCCUGCUGCCUUAAGAAAUUAGACUGUCUUAAAAUAACAGAAGAUGAGUUUUUAAAUUUACAAAAAAACAUAAAAGAUAAAUUAAUAGUGGGUUCAGAUUUGUUCCUUAAAACAUCGCCGCAGGAGUUGGACAGGUUUCUAAAGUUUGUUGAUGACAGUGCACCCUAUGAUAUUGUUUUAGAUGCCCUGAACAUUGCUUAUGUGGCCAGGAAAAAUUCUCUUGAGAGAGUUAAAGUAUUAAGUACAGUUGUCAAUUAUUUUGCUAACAGAAACAAAAAGAUUUUACUGUUGGGAAGAAAGCAUAUGCUCCAUUGGCCUAAGAAACUAAUGUCAGAUAUAUUGAAGAAAACAAGUCAUUUCUUCACUGAUGAUUUGUAAGUGUGAUUAAUUUAUAUGUAUAUUUUUACUUUAUUUUUUAAUAGCUUUUUUCUCGGAAUCGAAGCCUAUGUCAUCUGUGUAUGAUGUACCCUAUCAUACACAGAUGAUACAGGCUCUAAGUAAAAUAAUUAAAAAAUUGGACCAGUUGUUCCAGAGCUUAUUAAAAAACAAACCUUAGUUCUUUCUAAUAUUAGAAUUGAUUAAUUAAACAAAAACUGUUAUAAAAAAGAUUAAAGAUUGAUUGCUUAGGUGCUGAUUAUUAUUAAACAAAAUAAAAUACAACACUUAAACUCACACCCAGUUUCUGAAUUGAGUAUUUAAAGUUAAGCACAUCUCAAACUGUACUUAACAGGCUUUCAUUUGUAAUUUAGUUUUUUUAAUAAUCAGUUUAUAGCAGUUUGAUAAAAACUGGGUCUUUCAUAGUUUACUUAUUUAUGUCAAAGUCAAAAUAAUCUUUAUUCAAAUAGACUUCUUAAAAGUACUUUUGAAUCGUCCAACAUUUUUUUCCCUACCACUCCUUCAGGACGUCUUUUGGCCGAUAAGAAGAACGAGCAAGAAACUCACCAGCUCUAAUAAGAGUAAUGACAUUUACAAAAACCAUGUCAUUACCAGAUCUAUACAUUAUAAACAGAGAUAGAG